AUCCCCUCCUUAGAAAAAUGUCGUCGCAUCGACGGCGUAGAAUAUAGAGCUCGAACGUAAAUGAUGGAUAAAACCCGGGAAAAUGCCCUUCGCACAUGGAUAUUUCUUCUUGUGAUAUUCCUCAUAAUACUUCACUGUGGAAGCGCUGAUGAGGACCAGCAUGAAACAGAGUCCAAGGCUGCUGUUUCCAUGAUACCUGACCAAGGCCCUCGGAGAGCGGAGCGUGAUGUUAGUCAGAGCAACCCUAAUGACUGUUACCCAGACGAGUACUUCAGUGACUACUACUGGAAGUGUAUAGGUUGUACCCGAUGUUCACGCGGGACUCAACACGAUCCUCAAGAGCCCUGUGGAAACGGCCGCGGCCAGGAAGCACACUGCACACCUUGUGAUGAAGGCUACUAUCAAAGCCAUGAAGGCAUAGCUGUCCUGACUUGUCGGCCGUGCUUGACGUGCGACCAGCGCGCCGUCAUAGAAAGAACCUGCUCCCGACAACGAAACACAUUGUGUGGCAAAUGCCAGAAAGGGUGGUAUUACAAUGAAACCAAUGCCUGUGUGGAAUGCACCGAAAGAGACCUGGCUGACCCAACCAACGAGGAUUGCUAUGUCAAACCAGAUCCAACUCCAGGACCAAAUCUAACUCCUACCGGACCACAAUCAGGUCCAGGACCCAAUCCAGAUCUUUCAACAAGAGCUCCUGUACCAACAGUGGAUGGAGCAUCUUCAGAGCCUCUCCCAAUUAAGCCUGCUCAGGGGAAAGCUGUAAACCCGCAGACUCAGAAUGCAUUGCGUGACUGGCAUGUUGGACUGAUCUGUGUAGCUGUUGCCGCUUCACUAGUAGUUCUUAUGGCUGGUUUUAUCCUGUACAAACUGAAAAACAAGAAGAGAAAAGAUGUGCCUCCUCCUGCAAAUGUUCAUGAGAUGGAAAACUUGUACGUUGGACCUGAUGAGCAGAAACACAAUCAUCAUAGACCUGGUCCCUCAGGUCCGCCAUCGGAUGAAGCCAACAAUCCUAUGGGUGGUCUCAUGCCUCCAUCUUCACAUCUGGAUCCAGCAACAGAAAGCAUACCUGGUCCACCUGAGGGCCUUCCAGUGGAUACCAGUAUUAACCAAGAUGGACACCCGACACGCAACUUUGUCACCACUGACACCACACACGUACCACAACCCGGGCCAGAAGAUUUAUCCAAUGAUGGCCCACCAUCUAAUUUCCAUUCCUUGAAGUCUUUUCAACCUGGGGACUAUAUAGCAGGUUUCCAAGUCCCAGCUCGACAUGCAGAUGUUAGCCAGUCCCCCGAUGAGAUGGUUGACCCCUGUGCUCAGAUGGUUGACCCCUGCGAUCAGGUCACACGCUACGAGGACCAGAGUCUCCAGUCAGGUUUUAAAUCUCUUUCCUCCUUUCUGCAUCACAAUACACCCGGAUCCCCUCAUAGACUAAUCUAAUUGUUUCCACUUUGUCACCAUGCUGCCAUUAAAGGGGAAGUCCACCCUGGUAUUAAGUUGAUUUUAAUAGAAGCAGAAAAAUUAAAGAAACACGUCUGUGAAAGAUUAAAAAUAAGAAAGUU